AUGUUCAGCUGUAACCAAACUCCAUCUGUCAAGUCACGUCCUCCACGUGCUCUGCCUUCUACAGUGUCUCUGCAGCCGGGACAGGGCCACUCCAUUCUGUCCCACUCUGCAAGCCAGACAGAGAGCACCAAAUUCGGGCAGUGGCAUCUCCGUAAGCCCUGGGACAUCAUGGAGGCUCUGUGCAUCCAACCUGGGGAAGUCAAUGGCUUGAACAUGGAGGAAACUGAACCAGCAAAAAGUUUAGAAGAACAACAGUGUAACAGCUCCACAGAUGAUGACGAUGAAGAACCCCAACCUCCUCCCAUCAUACGCAGAAAGGUGUCAUUUGCUGAUGCAUUUGGGCUCAAUUUGGUUUCGGUGAAGGAGUUUGAGAAUAUUGAAAUUGCAGAUUUGGUCAAAAGUGAGUCAUCUGAUAGGGAGGAGGCCAUUUCCACUGAGGACUUCUACAUGUUCUGUCUGUUUACUGUCCCACCAACCCCAGAAGAACUGGAAAGGAAGGUCGAGGAACAAAUGGUUGAGCUGGAGAGCAUUGAGCUUCUUCCUAAAACGAGUACUCUCCGUGGCAUUGUUCGAGUGCUUAACAUGUGUUACAAUAAGCUGGUGUACGUUAGAAUAACAUUAGACAGAUGGAGGAGCCACUUUGACCUACAGGCCGAGUAUGUACCUGGAUCCAGCGAUUGGAAGACUGACAGAUUCACUUUUCAGUAUACUCUCAUACCCCCCUUUGACAAAGAGGGGACCAGAGUGGAGUUCUGUCUGCGCUAUGAGACUUCAGAGGGGGUUUUCUGGGCCAAUAACAACCAAAUGAAUUAUGUGAUGUUUUUCCACCAGAAGGUAAAAGAAAAUGUGCCUCAGAUUCAAGAUGAGAACAACCACAAGAGCAAGAAAAGUUGUCUCAAAGCUAACAGGAGGGAGAGUGCAGAGGAGCUGAUCAAAGAGAUGCUAAACGCAGCUACAUACGCUACAGAGUGCACGAGCAAAACAGAAGCACCCGACCAACCCCAUAGAAUAGGGGCGAAGUCAACAUUGCAUCUUGAAGAAAACAAAAAUACUGUGGAGAGCAUAAAAAGCCGACACAGAGCAGCACGUUCAGCACGUGCUCUGGACCACUGUCCCCAGAGCAGGCUGCACGUACCACUAUCAGGCUAUUCACAUGACUUACCCCAGCGCCAAAAGGGCUCGCAGCCAAUUUCAUCUGCGCACUGUAACUCGAGCAGCCCUCUCCAUCCAGGCAAUAAAGCACAAACUAACAGUGCACAGGUCCUCACAUAUCAUCAGAUUCCUUUGGCAACACUGGACUGGAGCAGUGACAAACCACAGCCGAGUGGAAAUGACGUUGCAGACAAGACGUGGACAGAAAGAGCUCAAAGCACCUUGUCAAAACCACAAGAGGAGAGUGUGAAUGAUACAGCUGCAGUUACCAAUAAAUGGGAGACCUUUGCUAAUGGGACAGAAAAAACUAGCACUAAAGAAACUACUGUGUUUGAUGUGUGGCAGGCUUUUAUCAACGGCUCUGACUUUGCAACCCAAUCUGGUGUCCCGGAGUCGCAAUGCCUGCAGAAAGUGACACCAACGCCUCCCUCAAAUAAGGAAAAUCCCUCUGCACAAUGUGGAACAAGCAGGCAGGUGCAUGUGGGCCCAGAUACACCCAACUUAGAAGCAGCUAGCUCAAACGCACAUCACCUGCUGUCUGACACCACUGAAACAUCAUUGGCUGAGGUUGCCUUGAACGGUGAAGACCAGGAGGCGGCAGCAGCACUAGCAUAUGUCACGAGCCCCAGGGAUGACAACACAGGCACACAAGAUGCACCCCAAAGGUCAGAGACAAACUCCGUAACAGAAACUGCGCAGGAAUUUAGACUCUCGGGGGCACCGCCUGUGUCCAAGGGCUCCGUUGACAGCCCGAGUGAGAGUCGCGAGCAUGAGAUCUGGGAGCGGGAAGGGGCAGGGAUAAUGGGAGGAAUAGGUGGAGAUGAGCCCCUCACAAUGCACAGAGCUGACUUAGUAACAAGCUCAGGGGAGUCACAGACAACAGACAUGACAGCAGUGCCAGAGUCUGCGAAUGCCAGCGGUGUUGAUACCAUCUCACAGGGAGCAGGGCUGCAGAGGGGUCCUUCUUACAGCAGGGAUGGGAAGGUUACCGCUACUGCAUACAAUACACUGGAUGACACGCUGGCAUUUAAGGAGACAAUGAGACAGGGGACAGCGGACGGGGAGAGGUUUGUCUUUUCCACGCGCAGACAAGGAGCGGAGGAAGGGCUGACAACAAACUGUGCAGGAAAUAAAGAUUCUAAAAAAGAAGAAAUAGUUAGGCCACGGGAAAUAGAAAAGUGUCAAGUCUCCGGGGAAGGUGGAGGAGGAGAGCAACAACGAGAUUUCAGCCGGGAAUGUGAUUCAUUAGGACAACACGGGCAAAAUGAGACAGUCGCAUCACAUUCGGAUGGAUUGUGCGCAAUACAAAAAUGUGAAUGUUGCUUGGAAAGUCUGUGCAUGGAUAAGGAAUUUAAUUUGGAAAAGCAAGAUAUAUUGUCAAAUGAGAACAGAGUUGAGGACAAAAAGGAAGAGAGUGCUGGUCAUAAACCUAAGAUUGACACAGAAAGUAAAAUUAUGCAGGUAUUGGAUGGAGUUGAACUGCCGCAUAAAAGCCCUGAUUCACACAAUGUAUUAUCAAACCUUAAUGAAAACAUAGCACUAUUUCCAGAAAUGAAUAUCAACCAGACACAGUCAGAGCCACUAGCUGAAAAAUUAAACGAUAAAGAUGAGAUAGAGGAAUCAAAACUAACUGGAAUCGAGACAAAUGUGACAGGUGAUGGAGCAUUACAGAUAGAAAAAGAUUGUUGUGAAAUUAUGCAGGGAAGACAGGAGCCCAGAGAAGAAAUACCCCCAUCAGUGGUGACAAAAGAGGAGCCAUUUUCAACUACAGCGAGAACAUUGGAGAUCUCUCAAAGUGCUACAUCGCCAUCUCUUGCCAAAGAUGAAUACAACCCAGAGGUGGUAGAAAUAAGUUGGACUCAUUCACACCAUGUUAUAACAGCUCGCAAAGAGGACGCAGGCAGCCGAUUGAGCUUAGAAGAACUUGUACUUAAGGAAAAAGAUGCUCCAGAUUCGCUCCAACCUGAAACAUUAGACGGAAUGGGGGAAGAUAUCAGUCAGGGAGACAAAGAUGAAAGGUUGAGAAUUGGAAAGCUGGAAAUAGCGGCGAUGGGGGAGUGGAUGGGUAAUGCAGAGAACCCUCGGGGGGAGAGUAAAAAUGCAUCGAAGAAAUUGAAAGAACUGGAGUUGUCAGCAGAAGUUGAGAGCACUCCACGUGUUGAAUAUCAAAAAAUGUCGGCGCGAACAGAAAUCACUAUUAGAGAUGAUGGCGUUGGAACACUCGAGCAAGAAGGAGACGAGAUUUUUCUGGAAAGAUUUGGACAAGAACUGGUUAGGACGGUUUGGGAAGAGGUUUUUGAUUGUCAAUUCAAUAUAAAGGCCCCGAGCAACAAGGGUGAAGAAGGUAGGGAUAUAGAUGACAGCCAUUUUGUAAGGCCUCUAAUAGCUAUUGACGAUAAGUGUGUAGAGACACUGUCAGCGGAUUGCAAGGAAGGUAGACCCCUGGAGAGGACAGAAGAGGAGAUUGAACUUGCAACUAAUACAAAUACAAGUAGUUACAGCAAUAAUGAUCUAAAUUACGCUUCAGAUUCUCAAAGUAUUGCGUUGUCAACUGGAUCAAACUGUAGUUCUCGAGUGGAAUCCAUUGAAACCAAACAUAGGUCAGUCACACUUGAAGAAAUAGAUGUCAAAGUAGAAGACGGUGAAGUAGCCUAUAUCGAGGGUUGUAAUAAAACACCUUUGAGACACCCAGAGGCCUCCAGUAGGAUAUUAAAUGAGGUUCCAAUAUGGUGGAGUAUACUGAACGUCCUCUUUCACAUCACUCGACUGGUAAUAUGUGUCUUGUUAGUUCUGGGAUUCUUUCUUAUAUUUUUCUACUACGAUUUCACAACAUUUUUUGUCCUCUACAGCUUCUCAAUGUGCUGUUGGAUUUAUAAGUGGAGGAGCUAUCAGUUCAUUCAAAAAGAGAAGAACAAAGAAAACACAGAUCAUUUGUAGCUGAAGUUGUAAAACAGGAGAUACAGUUAUGUUUGUUAUUUAUUGGUUUUAGGUGUGGUCAUUUUUAUGUUUUGAAUGAUAAAUCCUACCAAGGGCUUUGAAUAAAAACACAUUCACAAAAACACAGAGGAUUUGUUGGAAAAGUUGAUCAAAGUACCUGCCUUUCCCAAAUAUGGGCAUUUGAUGAAGCGUGUUAAUGUUUUAAAUUGCAUAUGUUUUUAUUCUUUUAUGUGUGUAGGUGUUCAUACAUUGUGGUGACUGAAGUCUGUAUACACAGUCACAUCAUGGGGACCUUUGCUUUGUGGGGACCAAAAAUCUGGUCCCCAAAUUAAUCAAUAUUAGAUCAGUAACAGUUUACUGUUAAGAUCUGGGUCAGUUUAGGUUAUGGUCAGGCAAUGAAUACAGUGUAAUAUCCCAUAAAAACAUAUCAAUUGUGUGUGUGGGAGUGUGUGUAUUUGCUGAUUUGGAGCAAACAGACAAUGGGUGGUAGUAGAAUAAGUUUUGUUGUUGUUUUUUAAGUUUUCAGACACAAAAUGUUUAUUUAAAAAUAAAUAAAUGCAUUUCCAGACAAGUUAUUGUGAAUUGCAUUUUUUUUCUAUAAUAAACCUGCAUCUGCAUACAUUUUAACUAGUUAACACAGUGCACAAGUACAUUGACACACCCAGCACAACACAAAACUUGUUCAUAAAUCUACUGCCAAAGAAAUGAAAGAAUAUAUUAAAAAAUAUCCAAAAUAUCUCAAAUCCAUAAGUAUAAUAAGAAACUACUUUGCUACUUUCACUAUGUAAAUGUGGCAUUACAAGUGGGAGGCAAAAGUAAAUAAAACUAAAUUAUAAUAAGCUAAAAAAUAAACCAGGAAAACCAACAGGUUUAACCUGUGUUACGGCCUCUGGCCUUCAGCUCCUCCUACUGUCUCCCUCUUCUUUCUCUCUCUCUCUCUCUGCCCCUCCUAGUGUGUCCCGCAGCUGGCACUUCAUUGACGGCCUGCUCUACUUGUGAUUGGAGGGACAAUUAAUGGCCCGGCCAAUCGUUGCUCUACACCUGUGGCACCAGUUUAAAAGGACCCUCCCCCUGUCAAUCCGGGCUGCCUGACUUCAUUUGCUAAUUGGCGUGCCACUUUACUGACUUUGUACUUUGUGUUUAGUGAACUUUGAAUUUGAACCUGUAACAGAGAAUUUUGACCCUUUUGUGUUCAGCAGUACCUC